AUGCCGUUUGUAUAUGCGGCACGGGUGAACCGACGAAAGCGCAGACCCGCGGCCUACAAGCCCGCAGCAGCCCUCGACUGGUCGGCGCUCCUGGGCAGACUUGAACAACCAGGGGACCCAGAAGUGGAAGACCUCCCCACAGCACUCCCAACCACCCAGGUAGCAAUGGACCGCCGGUCCCAAACACCUUCACUGGAGACGCCAUCAGGGUCCAGGGACAUAGGUACCAUGCUGCAACAACAACGGCCACCGGCCAAAAUGGCGGGAACAGCGGAACAUGAUACCAUACAGGUACCAAAAGACCCUAUACUGCCUGACCUUUCCCCAGAAAGGCCACAAACGCCCAUGGGGAUUCCAGAUGGGUCUGCCCCAGUCACCCAGCGGGACUUUCAACACCUAAUUGGGGAAAUCAAAAACCUCUUGGCAACCAGCAUAGCAGCCAUUAAAACAGAUGUGAAGGCUAUCGCUGACAGGGUGCAGUCCACGGAGCAGGAUGUCUCUGGCAUCAAGCUGGGAUUAGCAACCUUACAGGACUCUGUACUGGCCCUACAGGCCCAACAACAAGCACUUUCUCUCCACUAUAUUGCCCUCAAUGACAGGACAAGACGCAACCACAUUAAGAUCAGGGGAGUGCCAGACGCCAUCACAUCAGAUGACUUGCCUCACUAUUUGACCUCACCAGAUCCACGCUUCAAUGGCGAAGAUCGCUGA